UAUGGCAACAUUAUCAAAUUUACGAAUGACACAUUUUGAUUUUACUCAUCUUCCGUGUCUUUGAGUUGUGUGGUGUAAACUGAAUAAAAUUUUGUGAUAAUGGUGGAUCGUUUAGUGAAUAGUGAGGCAAAUGCUAGAAGGAUUGCUAUGGUGGAAAACUGCUUCGGCAGUUCAGGUCAGCCCCUGGCAGAACAAGGCAGAGUUCUGGUUGGGGAGGGGGUCCUGACAAAAAUGUGCCGGAAGAAACCCAAAGCACGGCAGUUCUUUCUCUUCAAUGACAUUCUUGUGUAUGGCAACAUUGUUAUAAACAAGAAAAAGUACAACAAACAACACGUCAUACCACUUGAAGAAGUCAAAUUGGAAUCGUUAAAGGAUGAAGGACAAUAUCGUAACGGUUGGUUGAUCCGCACUGCAUCUAAAUCUUUUGCUGUGUACGCUGCUACAGCCACAGAGAAGGAGGAAUGGAUGGCACAUAUAGAGAAAUGCAUAGAGGAUUUGCUAAGAAAAAGUGGUAAGCAGCCACCAUUGGAGCACGCAGCGGUGUGGGUGCCCGACAACGAAGCAGCUAUUUGCAUGCACUGCAAGAAAACACAGUUCACUGUCCUCAACAGAAGGCAUCACUGUCGUAAGUGCGGUUCGGUUGUAUGCGGGCCAUGUUCGUCGAAGCGCUUUGUACUGCGCGGCCAGAGCGAGAAACCGCUGCGUGUGUGUCUGCAGUGCUACGACGAGCUAACACGCGACCGCGCGCGUCCUGCGCAAAUACAGCCUACGUCCGCUGCUGUACCGAUAAAAGGCAUGGAGGGCGCGGGGUCGGGGGGCGACUCGUCGGCCGACGACGACAGCGACGACGACGACGACCGUCUGCACACCGACCAAAGCCACGACGAGGGCUUUACAAGUUAUAACGCCGUGAACAACGGAUUGAGAAAUAAAGUCACGAGUGUAUAGUACAUGUUGACAUUGUCCAAAGUUCUACGGUGACGGCGAAAAGACUGAAGAAACCAAUAACCAUUCGUCCAAGGAAAACAAGUAAAAGAAAAAACCAAGCAAUAAACAAAAAAAAAAACAUCCCAUUAAAAUAUUAUUAUGUAAUUUAUUAUGCGUCCACAACAACACGAGACCUAAACCUGAAACAUUCAUGUAAGAAAACGUGACAUGAGCGGGUAAAUCUGUUGUUUUGUAUGGAGCCAAACGUCAUAAAUUGUCAGUUCUAUACAAUUUUGCAGACUAACAAAUCCAGUGUCAUAGUAUAACUUGAAAACUCAUGCUAAGGGCUCUGAAUUUCUCGCCAUCUUAACUCUUAGGGCCAGCGCACAUAGCGCAGCGCAGAGCAUGCCCGCGAAGUUUUCUAAUCGCGUGACACAUUACACGAAUUUCUACCAAAGGAUGCGCGAGUAUCCGCACGGAUGCACAAUUGAUUUUAGAUAUUAUUUCAAUGAAGACAAUGUCGAUAAUAUUUUGACUGUGAAAAAUGCUCUGCGCUACGCUCCGCUAUAUGUGCGCCAGCCCUUAGGCAGAGACCUAUAGAGCGCACAUUUACUUAGACUCAGUUAAAAUGAAACAGAUUUUAACUCUAUCUUAAGUAUGAGCAAAUUCAAAGUACGCUCAAGCAUUAGUACAGCGAGCAACUCUUUUCAGUACAUUUAUUGCGUAUUCUUUUGGCGCACUGUAUAUAUGACGUCAUUGGGCUAAGUCUCGUGUUAUUGUGUACGCGUGAUACAUAAAUUAUUAUAACUUUACAAUUUAGUAGUAUAAUCAUGUCGCCCCUGAUUUAUAUUUCGUGUGGACAUUAUGCACUUCACGAAAGUUGGAAAAGCGGGCAGAAUAUGCGUUUUGAGAGCGGCCAUACAUGGAUAGCUUGAAGCAGUCAUGACUUACUGCAUAGCAAACACUGACUUCUGAUUGAAGUUAAGAUAGGGCUCUCUCUGUUACGUAAUGCCAUACAAAUGACAAAGACAAAAAGUCAUUGGGCGUUAACCAUUUUGAAUGACCAACCAAUCGCAAAGAAGACUAUGUUUUCCGUACUAAUUUUUUUUCCGUGGAUAGAAUUAGUACAGAAAACAGGCUGUUUUUGAAGCAACUUGAUUUUCGCUAUUUUGUAUGUAUGUUUCCGCAGUGCGGGAUUUUUCAUACUUUGCUGUUCAAACUGUCCAAGUAUGAGCGUUCUAAGGCUCAAGCCACAUUGCGGCAUUUUCUAAAAUGUUUUAUGUAAUCCGGACUUCAACUCCAAUCUAAUAAGAUCCAGUAAACAUAAUAUUCUCAUAUUCAUUUUCUUAUACACAAAUAUAUUCAUUAUGUGGUGGUGUCAAAGUUCAGUUUACAAAUAGUACUCACUCACGCACAUACACAAAUGCAAUAGUAAUACACACGUUAUUGUCUUUCCAUACAUCUUAGUAAUUUAAAGUCACUCUAACAUCUAUGUAAUUUAAUAUUUGUAGUAAAAUAUCUAAAAUAUCAAUUAGUGGUCACGUAAUUAUCGUCACUUAAAAAAAAGCGGCCGCUUCACAUUAUUCGAGUAUAGCUAAACAUGUGAAAAGAAAGGUACUGACUCACUGACUGGCUCAUCAACG